AAUAACUCACACUUCAGCUGAUUUGGCCUUGUGGUAAACACUGUUAAAAUUUGCAGUCAAAAGAGAAUGCAGAGUAAUUCGAAAGUUCUACACUUUUAUAAUAGUUUUAAACGGUACACUUCACUGUGCAUGUCGGUUGAUUAUACAAUUUCAAGAAAUCUAAGAGAUGGAGGUAUAGGAACGAGGCCUAUCUCAAGCAACGGGUUAUGGUGUUGUGCUUUACUGCCCGCAUUAUUAAUCUCAUACAAUUUGUUGUACAAAGUGUCGCCACUUUAUACACUAGUAGCUUACGUAGCUGUUGGUUUAUUCUGCUACAGCAUACUGUUUGUGGUAUUCAUUUCUGUAUCAUGUCUGGUACUCAGAGAGCCUAUCUAUGGAGGAUGUAUAGCAUCUAGUCUUGUAUCUGCUCUGAUGAAUUUUAUAUUUAAUACACAAGGUUUAACAACAUCAUUGUUUUUCUCCCUCACAGCAGUGUACUUAUAUAGUACAAUGCUAAGAUGGUCUCUCACCAAAUUCCCAAAGACAUACACUAUAGGAGAAGCCAUGAUUGUAACACAGGGUUUGACUUUAUUCACCAUCGCAGUUAUUGGAAGGAUCAUGAAUAUAUUACAUGAUUCUAACGAAGACAUGAAUUUAAUAAGCAGCAUUGUGCUUACAGCAUUAUCAACGGUUGGACUACUUAUUACAGGUUUAUGUGUCAUAUCGGAAAAACAAAGAAACAUACAAACAUUUAGUUAUAUGUUUGCAGUGGCUGCUUUGUUUGCUUUAGUCACCUUACAUGUACUACUAGGAUUAAAUUGUGUAUUCCGGAUACUGAACUAUAUUUUUCUGAACCGAAACAGAGUUCAACUAUUUGCGUUCUGGUUAUUUCUACUUAUGAUAUCUAUAUUUUUGGUACUUACGCGAACCAAAAGUGCUGUAAAGGUGAAUACUGUGACCAGAAAAUCAUUUCAUUUGUUGGCUUCGCUUGUUUUUAUGUCAGGUAUUAUUUAUGAUGUUUAUCUGACGAGCUUGGCUGCUGGAAUUGGAUUGGGAUUUUUGAUUUUAGUCGAGGCUUUACGCAAGUUAAACAUCACACCCAUAUCAGAAGCCCUGCAAUCAGCUUUUGAUGUCUAUAGUGAUGAGAAGGACAUAGGAAGUUUCGCGAUGACACCGAUCUACUUGUAUGUAGGCUUAGCAUGUCCAUUGAUACUGGUGCCUAGUUAUGAAGGAACAACUCUUGAGCUGCUCAGCGGAGUCCUCGCAACUGGAGUAGGAGAUACAGCCGCCAGUUGGUUCGGUUCCAAAUACGGCACGAAGAAGUGGACUAAUAGUGAAAAAACAGUGGAGGGAACAAUUGCUAAUGUCUUGUCACAAGUUGCAACGGUUUAUGUUUUGCAUUUAUUUGGUCUUCUAAGAAACAACACUGUGUUAAUUAGAACGAUGUUAGCUGCAUCAAUAUCCAGUGUGGUCGAAGCGAAAACGGAUCAGGUCGACAACCUAAUACUUCCUCUAGUCACAUUGUUAGUGUUUCAAAUAAAUUGGAUGUUCGGCUAGCAACGUAAUAAUACUAUUUAA